GCUCGCCUGUAUAAAACCGGGUGGGCGCGCGGGGUUCGCUCACAAUUCGAGUAUUCGUCAGCCUCGGCGAGACGCUGAAGAUCGCAUCUGCUCGAACGCAACCUUGUUCCUACCGUAGAAAUGGCACUGUUUCCGAUGCUGUACCGAGAUAACUGGGGCCCCUCCGAGUUCGCCCGGCGGUUUUUCAACGACGACUUCGGCCGGUCUUUCCUGGACGGUGAGCUGUUCGACCCGCCGUUCCUCCACCAGCGGUUCUACCUGGAGCCCAGCCGGCUGGGUCAAGCCGUCGUGGAUCGGCAGCAGCAGCCGGGUGCCUCCGUGGCCUGCACCGGCGACAAGUUCGCCAUCAACGUUGACACGCGCCACUUCGCCCCCGAAGAGAUCACCGUCAAGACCAAAGAUAACAGCGUCAUCAUCCAUGGCAAGCACGAAGAGAAGUCGGACGACCGCGGCUGCUACGUGAAGCGUGAGUUCACGCGCCGCUACGUCCUGCCCGAGGACGUCGACCCCGAGUCCGUCAAGUGUCAGCUCACUCCGACGGGCUACCUUGCCCUGGAAGCUCCUCGCAAGAACCCGCCCCCCAAGAGGGACGAAGGCAAACCGAUACCCAUUGAAGUUCGCCACGAGUCCAGCGGCAGUGGCGACAAGAAGUGAGCACGAACUGUGAACUUUGAGCCGGCCCUUUGUGUGCGAGGGUUCAGAUAUCCAAGAUGUUUCUGUGCCUGAACUGAGGCCGCUGAGGUAGCGGCCGACUUCGGGGCCACCAUGGCAGAUGACAAGUCAGCCAAAGCGGGAAGAUCUUCGUUGCGAGCUGGUCUCGGGACCUUCCUUCCCCCAAAAGACUUUUUUUUUUUUUUUUUUUUUUUUUUUGUAUAGGAGCUUUGGUUCGUGUUCACCGAGUUACAUGUUUGUUGUGUUGUUAAUAAAGUAAGUUAUUUUCUGUA